AUGAAUUCAGGCACAAUUGACUUCACGCCCGAUACUGUUUCCUCGUACUUCAGACCUGAUGUGCGGCAUCAGAUGCUGCAGUUUGGACGCUUUUUUCGCAGCGUUCAAGCCAAGGACACUGGGACGAGUGAGCUCCAGUUCAAGACCGGCUCCACGAAGGACGGCCGUCUGAUUCUGACAGAGAUCGAAACGCCGGUCUGUCAGUCUGUCAUGCGAGGUCAUGGCGGUCAGUGCGUCGGGAGGCAGGUCGCAGAGUUUCGCAGAGUUGCAGUGAAGGAGGUGUACACUGUGAUGCAUCGAAGAGGCAGCUUGCACGGGACCUGGGCCUCCGAGAGCAUCAUCAGCGCCUCCGACAGCCGCCUGAAACGAGAGGUCCUGCCGCUCUACCGAUCGCUCCUUGAGAAGAGAGAGCAGUCAGCAGGCGAAGGUGCAGGUGGCGAGGAGCGUCAGGACAUCAGCGCUUCCAGCCUUCUGCGUCUCCUGGUCCCCGACGGGUCCUCCGACCCCUUGAACUUGAAGCUGGAGGCUACUGACGAGUCACUUCGUUCCCUUCCGGGUGUGGUGCGCCAGAUGCCCAACCAGGGUGGGCGUUUGGGCAUUUCCCAUCAAGAUCUCCUGGCAGUCAUCACCCUUGCGGCCAAGGAGCGAGAGAGGCGCCUGGAGGCCUUGGAGGCACAGGAGGAUGCCGAGAUUGCCCAACAAGAAGAGCAGAACGGUCUGAUCCAGGUACCAAAGCAGCAGGAGACUCACGAGAUUUCGAUCCAUGUGAAGGGCGGAGUCCGUUUCCAGGUAGCGGCUGAGCUCUCCGAUGGGCGCAGCGCAGAGUUGGGCACUCCGAGAGGGGCGGACAGCGGAAUGUCCAAGAAGGAAAGUGGCAAGUCGGUGCUGGACCUGGAGAGGUACUUGAACCAGCCCGUGAAGGUCAAGUUUUCGGGUGGACGAGAAGUCAAGGGCAUUUUGAAAGGACAUGACGCUGUAGCAAACCUAGUGCUGGAUGACGUCCAGGAAUACCUCCGAGACCCAGAAGACCCUUACAAGGUCUCAGACGAGACCAGAAGUCUUGGACUGGUGGUUGCACGUGGCACAUCGGUCAUGCUUAUUUGUCCGGUGGACGGCACAGAGGAGAUUGCGAAUCCUUUCGCAGGUGCCUAG